AUGGAAUCUACACAGCUUCCAGAGAAGCCUAUGAGCGAGAAGCAACGACUGAAGCUUGAGAAGUUCGCCAAAAAGAAAGAGAAGCAAGCGCAUCAGUCGCAACAGCAACAAGCCAGUACUGGUGUCUCCAAGGAGAAAAAAUCCAAGAUGCAGGAUAUAUCUGCGGUUGAGUCGAGAGACUGGAUAGAGGAGACGCCAGCUGGACAGAGAAAGAUCCUGAAACCACUGGACGAUGACUUCCACAAGGCGUACAUCCCAAAAGUCGUCGAGUCUGCAUGGUACAGUUUCUGGGAGGACCAAGGACUGUUUAAACCCCAAACCGAAGAUAAUGGCGAUCUCAAGCCAAAAGGGAAAUACGUGAUUGCGAUACCGCCGCCCAAUGUGACUGGCAAACUCCAUAUUGGACACGCUCUAGCACUCUCAUUAGAAGACACCCUAAUCAGAUGGCAUCGUAUGCGGCAGUUCUCAACGCUCUACAUUCCUGGCUGUGAUCACGCAGGCAUUGCGACCCAAGCUGUUGUCGAGAAGAGGCUCGCUAAACACCCAAUCAAUGGCAAAUCUAAGCGACAGGACUUUAGUCGACAGGAAUUCGUGAAGCUAUGCCAGGACUGGAAGGAGGAUUAUCACAAAGAGAUCAACAAGACGACACGCAGACUUGGCGUAUCUGUGGACUGGUCGCGAGAAGCCUUCACAAUGAACCCGCAGUUGUCAAAAGCAGUAACUGAGACUUUCGUGCAACUGCAUGCUCAAGGUCUCAUCUAUCGAGCCAACAGGCUUGUUCACUGGUCCUGUCGACUCUCCACGGCCUUAUCCACACUCGAGGUGGACCAGAAAGAGCUUGAAGGCACAACGAAGCUUGACGUGCCUGGCUAUGACAAGAAGAUUGAAUUUGGAACACUCACGUAUUUCAAAUAUCCAAUCGAAGGCUCUGACAAGACCAUCGAAGUCGCAACCACACGACCGGAGACGAUGCUGGGCGAUACUGGGAUUGCUGUACACCCUCUGGACGAGAGAUACAAGGACUUUGUUGGCAAGACGGCGCAGCACCCGCUCAUACCUGAUAGGAAAUUGAAGAUCGUCGCCGAUGAACAUGUCGAAAGGGACUUCGGUACUGGCGCAGUCAAGUUGACACCUGCCCAUGAUCACAAUGAUUUCAAUCUUGGCAAAAAGCACAAUCUACCAUUCAUUAACAUCCUGAACGAGGACGGUACUUUCAACAGCAACGCUGGUCACUAUGCCGGAGAGAAGAGGUUCAACGCGAGAUAUGGCGUGAUCGAAGAGCUCAAGAAACUGGACCUCUUUACGAAGCAAGAGCCGAACAAAAUGGUUGUCCCGAUCUGCAGCCGGUCAGGAGAUGUUAUUGAACCACUCUUGAAACCCCAGUGGUGGAUGAGAAUGGAGCCGUUGGCGAAACCCGCCAUAGAAGUAAUUGAAAGCGGGGAACUCAUCAUCCGGCCAGAGCUCCAGAAACGACAGUAUUUGCAGUGGAUGCGAAACCUCCAGGACUGGUGCCUGUCGAGACAACUGUGGUGGGGCCAUCAGAUCCCGGCAUAUCACAUCAGUAUCAAGGGUGAAGAUAGUGGGGAUGAUGCCAACGACGAUUACUGGGUAUGUGGCAGGACAGAAGAAGAGGCCCAGGAGAAUGCAGAAAAGAAAUUUCCUGGCAAGAAAGUGACCCUCAAACGAGAUGAGGAUGUCUUAGACACCUGGUUCAGCUCUGGACUGUGGCCGUUUAGUAUCCUCGGAUGGCCUGACAAGACGUCAGAUCUCGACAACUACUUCCCAAACACGACGAUGGAGACCGGUUGGGACAUUCUCCCAUUCUGGGUCAGUCGCAUGAUCAUGCUCUCCUUACAGCUGACUGGCAAAGUGCCCUUCAAAGAAGUCUUCUGCCAUGGCCUGAUACGGGAUAGCGAUGGGAGAAAGAUGUCCAAAUCCCUCGGUAAUGUCGUUGACCCGAUUGAUAUCCUUGACGGUAUCAGUCUUGAUUCCCUGCAUCAAAAGCUACUAGAAGGAAAUCUAGCCCAGAGUGAAGUCAAGAAUGCCGAAAGGUACCAGAAAAAGGCAUUCCCACAAGGUAUUCCUGAGGUGGGCGCUGAUGCCUUGCGGUUCUCGCUCGUCCACUACACUCAAGCAUCUGGCAGCGACAUCAACUUUGACGUCAAGACAAUGCAAGGCUACCGCAGAUUCUGCAACAAGAUCUACCAAGCCACGAAAUAUGUCCUCGGAAAGCUCGGCGAUGAGUUUGUUCCUCGUGAGAGCAGCGCUCUGGCAGGAAAGGAGAGUUUGCCAGAGAAAUGGAUCCUGACAAAGAUGAACACUGCCGCAAGGCAAAUCAACCAGGCACUCAAAGAGCGUGAAUUCGCAAAGUCAACCGAGAUCAUUUACCGGUACUUGUAUGAUGAGCUGUUCGACAUCUACAUCGAGAAUUCGAAGUCGAUAAUUUCAGACGGCACGCCCGAAGAAGCUCGUUCAGCCAUGGACACACUCUACACGACGCUUGAGUCUGGCUUGCGACUUAUGUCUCCAUUCAUGCCGUUCCUCACGGAGGAGCUCUGGCAACGGCUUCCACGCAGGCCGGGUGAUAAUACACCCUCGAUCACAACUGCCGAGUACCCGGAGUAUGAGUCGUCUUUUAAUGACCCGAAAUCAGAGACAGCCUAUGAGCUUGUAUUGGGUUGCUCAAAGGGUGUCCGUUCACUCCUAGCAGACUAUGCUGUCAAGGAUAAAGGCGUGGCUUAUAUAGCACCUCUGAAUCAAAGGUCUCAUGACACCGCGUCCACUCAGCUGUCCCCGAUCAAGUCCCUCUGUGGCAAGACACCAGUGGAUGUCGGCAUUUUGAAAAUUGAAGAAGCUAUUCCUGCUGGUUGUGCCGUUUUCCCUGUUUCUGCUGACGCGAAUGUCUAUCUUGAGGUCAAGGAUCGCAUAAAAGAUGCCGGAAAGGAGGCUGCAAAGGCCAAGGCAAAAUUGGAGGAAGCAAGAAGGGACCAAGACGACAUCAACUUUAUUAGAGAAGAGCUGGGCAAAGUACUGGACAAGGAUGUCACCGAGGCCAUACAAUCGGCUGACGGCCGAAAGAGGGAUGUCGAAGCUAGACUGCGGGCAUUGGAGGAGACUGUCACCAUGUUCGAGAGGAUGGCGGUAUAG